AAACUCACCGCCAACAUGUUCCACGGCAUCCUCCUCGCAUCGAGCCUGCUCGUCCUCGCCUCGCAAGCCUUUGCCCAAGCUCCUAUCUACGGGCAGUGCGGUGGUGUCGGCUGGGCAGGUGCAACGACGUGCGCUGCGGGGGCAGUGUGCACAGUGCUUAACGACUACUACUCGCAGUGUGUCCCCGGGGCUGCGUCCGAACCCGCGAGCACGGCGCCAGUCGCGACGAUCACUCCUACCCCAGUCCCUCCGUCACCCACAGUGACGGUGCCGCAGGGACCCACCACCACGGCGAGUGGCGCAACGCCGACUGGGUCACAGAUCCGCGCCGAUCAACCUCCCGUCUACCACUUCUACCUGCAGAGCGACGCACUGACGACUCCUAUCUCGCGCGCAGCGAGUGGCACGAAGCCCGUGCUCGGGCCUGAGGCAUCCUCGGGGUACUUCACGAUCGGCAGCACAAUCUCCCUGGACGGCGCGGACGGCUCGAAGCUGUACCUCAACGUCGACGAGGGCGCGGCGACCUCGUACAAGCCGCUCACGUUCGACGCGGUGGCGAGCACCACGGACUGGGGCCUCGAGGGCGACACGAUCAUCACCACUGCGCCGCGCCAGCUGAACUUCCUCGCGUGCAGCACGAGCGAUGCGGAUGUGUUCGACGUCUUCUUCCAGGAGGGCAAUGAUACGCCCGCAGGCGCCUCCUGUACGCUCGUUACGCUCCAUCUACCCUGCCUCUGUUAA